CAAGAAAGCCGCUCGAAACCGAAAGUUUGAAGUAAUCUUGUCUAAUCGAGGCAGAUAAGAGUUUGACACUUCGUAUAUUGAUACUUUUCUAUGAAGUGUUUAAUUUUCCAAUUCGAUCAUGUAAUUAUUAACCCAUUAUUUUGUAUCAGAAGUGGAUGUUAAUGUUAGCUUUAUUUAGCUCGAAUAACGUGAGCAACUGGAUUCAAUGUUUUAGCUGUACACUUUCUGCGAUAGUUUAUAUUUGAGUCGACACAAAUCAGCUUUAAAGCUGCGGAGUGUUACACUUUUGAAUUCAGAGUAUGGACCCGGACACUGAAGUGCAAAGCUUCUUUAGGCAGGAGGAUGAUAAGGAGGAUGAUAAGGAGGAUGAUGAGGAGGAGAAGAAGAAGUGGAAGAGGCCUUCCUCCAGCUAUGGUUCAAUGAAGAGUGACAGUGAUGACAUGGAGGAGGAGGAUGAGGAAGAAGGAGAAUAUGAGGAGGUUGAAUAUAAAGAUGAGGUUGCUGAGGCCUGCCCUCCACCCUGUCCUUUGGCACCACCAGAUUUUCCUUCUCCUCAGGGGACAGGGUUGCAGAUAAUUCGCUCAGAGUCUCCAGAGACCCUCUACACCAUGACCACUCAGCUGACCAAACCACCAGGAGCUGUUGUCAUUGAAACCAGGUCUUCUGAUCUUGAGGGGUGCUCUGAAGCAGACGAUGAGGAGGAGGAUAUGGAUGAAAUUUUGGUCAAUCAUUCCCCGGAACCACCUGAGCUUGUUGAAGUAGAUGAUACGAUGCAGACGGAUGAGAACAGUCAGCUGGGCAGACUACACCCAGAGCAGGACCUUCCUCAUAUAUUCAAGAGUAUCCAGGACACAGUGACAGACCUCACUAAGGAAGAGCUUUUCAAAUUUAAGAUGGGGAUUUACCAAUGGCAAUCCAGCACUUCCUCCAUCACCAUGACGCAUGUGAUGGAGGGAGAUAUUCUCGAUUUUGUGGACAGACUCAUAGAGAUCCUCGGAGUGGAUCGAUCUUUGAUGCACACUAUAAGUGCUCUUGAAAGUAUCAACAAGAAAGAGGCGGCAGAAGCACUACGGAACAAGUGCAAAAGAGCAUUGUACCGUUAUCAUCUGAAGCAGUAUUUAAUCAGGAAACAUCAUGUCAUCCGUGAGGGGGUCGUUCGAGCUGGAAAGCAGAAUCUUCUAGAUACCAUUUACGUUGAGCCCCAGAUUUCCACCUGUGGUUAUGGAGGAGUCGACCCCACCCACGAGCUCAGACUCCACUCUCCGUCACCCCUCCAGGUCCCCAGCUCCGACACCUUCGUUAGCUUGAACGAUCUGUUCCGACUGCAGAAGGAAGGCGGCUCGCCGGUGAGGACGGUAAUGACAACGGGGAUCCCAGGAAUUGGCAUGUCUGUCUCUGUGGGGAAAUUCUCCCUGGACUGGGCAGAACAGCGUGCAAAUAAGGACCUACAGUUUGUCAUCAAACUUUCUUUCCGAAUGUUUUGGCUUCUACGGAAUAAGAACCCUCCACCGAUGAUGUCCGUCAUGGAAGUGAUAGAAAACCAUCAUCCUGAGUGCAAAGACAUGAAAUACCUGGAGGAAGACGGCUGUAAAUUUCUCAUCAUAAUGGACUGUUUCGAUUGUUACCAAACUUCUCUGGACUGGGAGAACGCUCCAGUAGUAAAUGACAAUAACACUCAAACACAUCCAGACGUCAUGAUCGUGAAUAUCAUCAGAGGAACUUUGCUCCGAGGUGCCCGCGUCUGGAUCUUGGGAAGACGUGCGGCUGUCUCACAAAUACCCUCCAAAUUCAUAGACCUUGUCACAGAAAUACAGGGCUUCAGUGAUGACAUGAAAGAUGACUUCCUGAAGAAACGCUUCAGCGACCCGGAGCUAAGUGCAAAGAUAGUGGCACACUACAAGCGCCUCCCGACGCUCGCUAUGCUCGCUCGCCAACCCUUCGUCUGCUGGAUGGUGGCCACCGUGUUCGAGCGCUGCUUCCGUUACCAGGGUUACGGGGUGCACCCGCCCAGGCUGACACCUUUCUACGUCAGCAUUUUAAUCGUCCAGACCAAUCGCAGACUGCAGUUCUACUGUGGAAAGGCGGAAAACGAACUGAAAUGGUUUGAUGAGGACAGAAACAUGUUGAAAAAGAUUGGGAAGAUGGCUUUUAAGAUGCUGGAGAGAAACACCAGUGUGUUCUUCGAGGAGGACGUCCAAGAGUGCGACCUAAAGUUGAUGGAGGUGACGGUGUUUUCUGGCCUGUGUGCUGAGCUCCCCACUGCAGCCUCAGAUGGAAGGAGGACUUACUGCUUCAUACACCUCACCUUUCAGGAAUUCAUGGCAGCGCUGUACGUCUUCACAAUGUUUCGCACGGAGUCUAAGAACAUUCUGGAGUCGGCGGGGGUGCACAUGCCCAAGAUCUUCGCAUCCAAGGACCAGGCCAAAUCAGCCGCAGCCCUGGUCCACUGUGCUCUGAUGAGAACUUUAAACUCCCCGCUCGGCCACUACGAUAUGUUCCUGCGCUUUCUGUGUGGCAUACUUUCCCCGGACUGCCACCACAAUCAGCUGAGCCGGUUUCUCUACCACUACAACGCGCCGAAGCUGGGCGGGCUGGACGAGGUGCGGCAGCUGCUGGAGCAGACGAUACAGAAUGUUGAGGGAAACAACAGAGACCGGCUGGAGAACUUAAAGGAGUGUCUUAGAGAAAUGACCCAGGAGGAUGAGUGAGGGUGGGCUGGAUGGAAUAAGUGUCAGGGUUUUGUUUUUAGUUUUUUUUUUGGAAAACACUCAACAGAACUUGAAGAAAGUUACAAAUUAUUGGACUUUGAUUUGCCUCGAUUUUCACGCACUAGAGAACAAACCAUAUGACAAUAUUUUUCUAGGCCAACCCGGAAGUAGCAUCGCCAUGGGGUCUAAUGAGAAUUCGCCUAUGGGAUUUUUGCAUUGGAUUUUGGAUCAUCAGCUCUGUGGCAAACACAUGUUGCUGAUGCGUAGGCGUUUUGUUCAGCAGGAUAAUCUUCACAAAUGAAAACCAUUUUUAUGAUGUUUGAAUUUUAAAUGCGUAAAAAGCUAAUGUUAUGCUAUAGCGAACUACACCACGGUCGGAUGAUAUUGACGUCACUACCGUUAUGCUUCAGACGAUCUCCGAUAAACUAAUCCACAUAUCUUAAUAAAUUGUUUAUUAACCUAAUUUUUGACUUAACCCAAAGAUUAAACCUACAGCAGACAUCACAGAGUAGUGAGAGAGUUCCCGGCGUUUGUGUCCGGCCUGAUGGCGUUUAACAUCCCCGACAACCACUGUAGUCACAUUUAGCUACUUGCUAGCAACCGCCUUUUUAAGGACGUGUAAAAACUUCAAAAUUCACAAGAGGGGGUAUUACCUGACGUAGUUUAUGUGGUCUAACAAAACGCCAACACCUCUUAAGCUUUUCUUAACCACAGACCUUAUUUCAGGUCUCUAACCACAAACCCAUUCAUAAUUCCCGUUGACUUUUAGACGAUAAACCCCAUGGCGCUCAAAUGCUAACUUACUUCCAGGUUUUAGGACUCAUUCCUGUGGCGCCCUAUGCACUUAAUAAUUUGUUGUUCUGUGCUUUUUUUGUACAAUUGGGAUAAUGCAAUUCUGCGUUUCUUGAGUGUGUCAUAUCUGUUAGAGAGCGCACACACACACGACUCAAAUUCAGCUUGUGUUCAUCCAGCUUUCAUUUCACAUGCAAACAUGAGAACUCAACUAAACACUUUUAGCGUGACUACAAGAAAUGAAAUGUCACAGCAGAGAUCAGACUUAGAACAAUGUUGUAAUGAGUCAAACUUAAUAACCAUGUUAAUGUAUAAAACAGAUAUGCCUUUGUUUAUAUUGACUUUACCAUUGAGAUUGUCAUGGAAACAACCUGUGAGACCUGAAAGAAGAUUUUUAUUUAUUGGAGGAAAUUCAGUCACAACUUUACAAAAAGACAUCUGGAUGCAACGCCAUUUAAGGAAUGAACGACAAACUUUAUUUUUUUAAAAGGUUUAUAGUUUAAAUCGUACUGUUUUUACACAUGUCUGUGUGUGGAUCUUUUGAAGCUUAGUAUUAUUGAAGCAAAAGUAAACAUGUUCCCAUAUCAUGUUGUUUACAACACCCAAAUAUAAAUGUGUUUUUUUUUUUUUUUUA